GUCUAAGUGGUCAUUCACAACACAACUUUUGAGGGAUACACAAAAACCUUUUCAAUUCUCUCUUCUCUUUUGAGAUAUCAUUGCAACUUGCAACCUCUUUCUAAAUAAUCCAAAACACCACACCAUGAAUAAUAGGAACACCACUUUCAUCACCUUCAACAACAAGAAUCGUCCAAUAAUAAAAGAUUCAUCGUCUUCAUCAUCAUCAUCAUCAAGAAGCUAUGCCAAUGGUGAAGACUACAUGAUGAUGAGUGGUUUUCCAUGGCCACCAAGAUCAUACUCAUGCAGCUUCUGUAGAAAAGAGUUCAAGUCAGCACAAGCACUUGGCGGACACAUGAAUGUUCAUAGAAGAGAUAGAGCAAGGUUGAGGCAUCAAUCACCACCUCCAUUAUCAACUAAUCUUCAUCAUCAAGUUCCUAAUCUCAACCUUAAUCUUAACCCUAUCAUUAUUACUGCUACUAGUACCUCUAACCCUAAUAGUGAUAAUAACUUGUCAUCAUACAAAAAACCUUCCACUACUACAUUGCCCUUGUUUGUUAUGGAUGGUGUUUUACUUAGCCCUUUGAGCACAAAACCUAACAACAUUCUGGAACAAGUUGAAGGAUAUGAUGGUAAUUUCGCAACAAGAGAAGACGAAGAAGGGUGCAAGAUCUUGAAGAAAGGUGAGAUUCUGAGAGUGGAUUUGGAGAUAGGGUUGCCUAUUCCUUCUACUACUACUACUACUACUAAAAAAGUAGAUUAUGAUUUGGAUCUUGAGCUUCGUUUGGGUACUUGCUCUUAAUUAUUAUAUGAUUAUGAUGUAUAUUACCACAUAUAUCUUAACUUAUUGCAAGGUUUAAUUAAGUGGUAUGUAGAAUGAAGAUGAAUUGGAGUUAUAUUAUUAGCUAUUUUAAUU